CUGGUCCGCGCUGGUUAGUCCGUGUCAAACCGGAUUUGGUGUGAUUUGCAAGUGUGUGAGCAUUUUAGAUGCAUUUAGAUUCAUUGACAACAAUCAUCAUUGGCGAGGGAUCGGUUGCUCUACCGAAUGUUGGCAGGUGUUGCUAAUGGUCACGUGUGUGAUGGUAUUCUGAUUCUGCGGAUCCUCCAAUUGUUAAGACGAUAGCCUUAAAACCCUCUGACUGCCAUGGACUCAGACGAAGAUUGGAACUCUAGCCGGCCCUCGUCGGCAGCGUCGGAGGCCAUGUACUUUGGCGCUCUUCUCGACGUGGACAUGCGCAGGCCGCAUGACCACGGCGACGUCGACAUGCGGCUAUCUGGCUAUGGGUUUCCACAAGUCAGAGAAGUCGAGAACGAGGAACAGGGAAUGUCACCCAUUUCAAACGGGUGCAGGAGCGCGGAGGAGGUGCUAGUCACUAUCUGCACUGCGGAGGCUCCCGCCGAGGAAGUAGUAGGCAUCCCGGUGGAGGUGAGCAUCGAGGAUGAAGAGGACCAGUACCAGUGCCCAGUGAGCAGCAGCCAGGGCCGGGAAACACCACUACCUCCUCGCCGACGCCGGAGCUCCUCUUCCUCCGUGGAGGAGUUGCCGGUGGUGAAGAGGAAGGUGGACAUAAUCGACCUGAGCAGUGACUCGGAACCAGACGAUCCCAGCAGUAGGGAUAGGUCCUCAGCAGCUGCAGCUGCACCACCUCCUUCUGCACUAGCUGCAGCUGCAUCGCCUCCUGCUGCACCGGCUGCAGCUGCACCACCUUCUGCUGCACCACCUCCUACUGCACCAGCUGCAGCUGCAUCGCCUCCUGCUGCACCGGCUGAGUCCGCGCUGGCGCCGGGCUUCUGGCGGCCAUGGGGCGCGGUAGCUGAGAUCGAGCCUCAGCCCUCUUCGGCGCCGAAGAGGGAUCCGAGCCCCGCUCCUCGUGGGUCUCUUCCGCCGACCCCGACGCUGCCCAGGCCGGCUCUGCUGCCGACGCCACGUGUGUUUCGGGCAGGCGCAUGGGGAGAGUGCCGCUGCUCGGGCACCUGCAGGUGUGGGUGGCUGCACGGUGCAGGCUGCCUGGAGUGCCCGGAGCUGCAGUCGCCCAGGUCGGCCUCAUCCUCCUCAAACAUAGACGUGAGGAUCUCGUCGCGAGCAGGCGAUCAAGGAAAGCAGCGAGCCACCUUGCAGCGAGCGCAGGCGUAUUCGCACGCCUGGUCAUAUGGCGCGGCGGUCCAUUUCGCCCACAAUUCUUGAGGAGUAAGUGUAGUACUACAUAAACGUGAUAAACGUUCAUCAAGAAGAUCAUACCUCACUUCAUCACUUUAUUUUUGUUUAUUUAUUAGUUCGUCGCGUUUUGAUGAUUUUUUUUCUUUUAUUCGUAUAAAGUUCUGUUUCACUUUCUCA